AUGUUGGCGGCUCACAUUGUGAUCCCAACACCACUACAAGCCAAUGAGGCAAUGGAGUUUCAUUCUUCUUCCACCAGUCUUCUGUCGGUGACUCAUUUUGUCAUCUUGCGACCACCACCACGAGCUAAGGAGGCAGUAAAGUUUUAUCAUCGCACCUUCUGCGUACAAAUUAUUCAACAAAUAGCUCGUGUUGUGGCGGUAGAGAUGGAGGGGAUGAUGAAUAAGAAUGGGCUCACUUGGGUGCGCAACUAUUCAAUUCUUAUGGGUUCGACCCAUAUAGUCGUGAGUGACGGUGAUCACCAGUAUGUGAAAGCACAAACACACCAUAUUGAUUUUAAUUUAGUUUAA